AUGGCGUCCAUCAGCAGACAGACGAGCAGCGUCUUCUUCUUAAUCCUAACGGUUUUCCUCCCAGCAUGCACCGGGACAGGGGGAGCCUUCCUGCUCAGACAUGAGGCCAGUGGGUUCUUCCAUCGGACCCGUCGGGCCAACACAUUCCUGGAGGAGCUGAGGCAGGGCAACCUGGAGCGGGAAUGUUAUGAGGAGAAAUGUUCCUACGAGGAGGCCAGGGAGAUCAUUCCCCAUUCCCAGCAGCUGGAGAACUUCUGGAGAACAUACACAGUCGUGGACCCCUGCCUGUCGUCCCCCUGUAGCAACGGAGCGACCUGCACCCGGCACUUCCACACCUAUGUCUGCAAAUGCGCUGCAGGUUUCCAUGGAUCCAAAUGCGACAAAGUACGUUCAACCUCCACCAGAUGUCGCCACAGAAACGGAGGCUGCGAGCAUUUCUGCAGAGUUAACCCGGAUCGCUCCAAAGUCUGCUUCUGCGCUCCUGGUUAUGGUCUGGAUCAGGACAACAGCACCUGUCUGCCUCAAGAUCCAGUUGUCUGUGGAAGACCGUUGGUGAAUUUUGCCCCGAGGGUAGUUAACGGACAGAUCUGCCCCAAAGGACACUGUCCCUGGCAGGCGGUGCUGUACGAACAUAGCCGGUUCACCUGUGGAGCCAUCGUCCUGUCCGACGUGUGGAUUCUAACCGCAGCUCACUGCGUCUGGAGGAAGCCGUCGGCCAUCUUCCACAUCGAUGUAGGGAAGCAUGACCUAAAGGCCACGGAGAAAACGGAACAGCGGCGGCGUGUGCUCAACAUCACGAUCCACCCCGACUACAACAGCUCCACCUCCGACAGCGACCUGGCCCUGCUAAAGCUUCACCGCCCAGUCAAGCUCGGCCGCUACGUCAUUCCAAUCUGCCUGCCUGCUCGGAACAGCACCUUCGCUUGGACGCUGUCCACCGUCCGCCACGCCACCGUCUCCGGAUGGGGUCGCCUGGUGGAGGCCGGUCCGACCGCUCGGUUCCUGCAGCGUCUGGUGCUGCCGAGGGUCCCGCUGCAGGAGUGCCGCCUCCACACCCAGCUCAACAUCACCAAAAACAUGUUCUGUGCAGGGUACAGGAAAGGCGGUCAGGACGCCUGCGAAGGCGACAGCGGCGGCCCGCUGGUGAUGCGGUACAAGAAGACCUGGUUCCUGACGGGCGUGGUGAGCUGGGGCAACGGCUGCGCCAAGGAGAACAUGUAUGGCGUUUACGCCAAGGUCAACAACUUCCUGGAUUGGAUGGAGUCUGUAAUGGCGACUGGCUGAAACUUUUCGGUCACUGCGGCGAUUAGUAACUCAACGGGUCAGAAAAGUAGUUCCCUACAAACCAAACAAGAUUUUAGCUAAAAAUCUGGAAUUACUGUUUUCUUUUGUGAAUAUCUGGACAUGAGUGAAUAAUUUGGUAUAAAGUCUGAAAUAUUUUAACUCUGGUUUGUAUCUGUAGAAAUGUCUGUUUGUACCAACGGUGAUCAGCUGCUUGAA